CGUGCCUUACUCUGAGAACACUGCCUCAUACAUUGCCUUUAAAUCUGGUUUGAAGCUUAAUCUCUGCUUUUUCUAGAUUUACUUAAUCCAGCACAGUUGAAUGAUGGCUUGUAGCAAAAGCUGCAGUUUAAGAUUCAUCGGGAAGUUAUAAUUAGAUUGAAAGUGGGGUAAGUGACCGAAUUUCCCUUUUCGAAAGAGCUGGUUUUGUUUUUUGAAACCUAGUAGGGAAUGUCAAUUUAAAAAAAAAUAAAAAUCAGAAGAGAAUGCAAAGUCUUCACUUGUCCCCCGCCAUAGAGGCGUUUGAGUAGGUUGCUAAACUGCUCAGGGCAUGAGUGAGCUUUGAGGUUUCUUCUAGUUUUACAAUCCCUUUGCUGGAGUUCCAGCCAAAUUUAUGGUUAGCCCUCUGGCUUGGAAUUCUAACUACAGAAACUGGAAGUCAGAAUGUGAACUCUGGAAAUAAAGUUCAGAUUUUAUUUACACCAGAAAUGGUUAGACAGAUUGUCAUGGAAAUGUUUUAUUCACACCAAAAAGGUCAGGAAACCCCACACGUCCAGCCCAAACCCCAGAGUGAAAGUCCCAUUCCCUGUGGAUGCUCUUCCAGUGUGUGUUUUACUACUCAUGAACCAGUCCUGGAUAAGCGAGUCCAGACAGAGCUGUGAUCAGACAGCUUUGGGCACUCGCUGUUGUUGGUACCUCUGAGCAAGCUGGCAAGUGGAGAAGUAGCAGGAGAAUUCACUUCUUAGUAGCCUUCACUGCCGACUUUGUGACCUCGGCAGGAUCACCAACCUUCUUGACAGCCUUGUCUGCCUCAUGUCACAAACAGCAAAGCGACCUGCCAGAAGAGGAACGCCAUUAGACUGGCCAGGCGUUCUAGGUCAUGCACGGACUGCAGUGUUGGAAUAACAGCUUGAACGCUACAGUGAGGAGUGAGAGAAAAGACUGGCUCGGGGGCUGGAAAUGAGCAGAUGCUGGAAUAUGUGUGUCUAGGAUCGCCCCACAACCUAAGGCUUCAGGAUCUCCACGUGGAGUUUUGAGGUCUUCUCCCCCGCAAUGUUUUCUGGAGAAUCCAAGUUUCAAAUUAAACAAAGGUCCCUUCAGCCUGUGAUUGAGCCAGAGGUCUUGGAAGACACUCAGAGAAGUGUGAAAUGCCCCAUUCACCUCCACUGGGUAUGAACUUUCUCACCUAAAUAGCAUCAUCCAGAAGUGGCAGCAGAGUUAACUCCUUCCGUGCUGGUCACCUCGCUAAUGUGCAGCUCCAGGCUAGCGUCAGAUCACACUGGGUCCUACAUGAAGCAGAGGCCUUCAUACUUCCUGCCAAGAUCAUGAAAACUACACUACCUCCACUGAGGGCCCUGGAGAACUGAAGGCCCCAUGGAACAGCAGCUGGCUGUGUUAGCAGUGAUCUCAUGCUUGGAGGAACAAUACAAAGCUCAGCGAGUUAGGGCCCAGAUCCUCAAAGAAACCAGCACCAUGGGGAAAGAGAAAACCCACAUCAACAUCGUGGUGAUCGGCCAUGUGGACUCCGGGAAAUCCACCACCACCGGGCACCUCAUCUAUAAGUGCGGGGGCAUCGACAAGAGAACCAUCGAGAAGUUCGAAAAGGAGGCGGCUGAGAUGGGUAAGGGAUCCUUCAAAUACGCCUGGGUGCUGGAUAAGCUGAAGGCCGAGCGGGAGCGUGGAAUCACCAUUGACAUCUCCCUGUGGAAGUUCGAGACCACCAAGUACUACAUCACCAUCAUCGAUGCCCCUGGCCACCGAGACUUCAUCAAGAACAUGAUCACCGGCACCUCUCAGGCUGACUGUGCGGUGCUGAUUGUGGCGGCCGGUGUGGGAGAGUUUGAAGCUGGCAUCUCUAAGAACGGGCAGACCCGGGAGCAUGCCCUGCUGGCCUACACGCUGGGGGUGAAGCAGCUCAUCGUUGGGGUGAACAAGAUGGACUCCACAGAGCCCCCUUACAGUGGCAAGCGCUACCAGGAGAUCACCAAGGAAGUGAGCACCUACAUCAAGAAGAUCGGCUACAACCCAGCGUCUGUGGCUUUCGUGCCCAUCUCUGGUUGGCAUGGGGACAACAUGCUGGAGGCCAGCGCCAAUAUGCCUUGGUUCAAAGGCUGGAAGAUCACUAGGAAGGAUGGGAAUGCUGCAGGCACCACUCUCAUGGAAGCUCUCGAUUCCAUUAUCCCUCCUUCCCGCCCAACUAACAAGCCCCUCCGUCUGCCCCUGCAGGAUGUCUACAAGAUUGGUGGAAUCGGAACGGUCCCAGUGGGCCGCGUGGAGACUGGCUUCAUGAAGGCCGGCAUGGUUGUGACUUUUGCCCCCACCAAUAUUACCACGGAGGUGAAGUCGGUGGAAAUGCACCACGAGGCUCUGGCAGAGGCGCUGCCGGGUGACAACGUUGGGUUCAACGUGAAGAACGUGUCUGUGAAAGACAUCCGGCGCGGGAACGUGGCCGGAGACAGCAAGAACGACCCUCCCAUGGAGGCCGGCAGCUUCACCUCUCAGGUCAUCAUCCUGAACCACCCGGGCAAGAUCGCCGCUGGCUAUUCCCCAGUGCUGGAUUGCCACACUGCUCACAUCGCCUGCAAGUUUGCGGAGCUGAAGGAGAAGAUCGACCGCAGGUCUGGCAAGAAGCUGGAGGACCAUCCCAAGGCACUGAAGUCUGGGGAUGCUGCCAUUGUGCAGAUGAUUCCUGGCAAACCCAUGUGUGUGGAGAGCUUCUCGGAGUACCCACCUCUUGGUCGCUUUGCUGUUCGUGACAUGAGACAGACGGUGGCUGUGGGUGUGAUCAAGGGGGUAGAGAAGAAAGCCAGUGCAGCUGCCAAAGUCACCAAGUCAGCUGUGAAGGCCAGUAAGAAAUGAAGACUGGGCAGCACCAAAACCCAACAGGCAAAAUCACCGUCUGGACUGACUUGUACAGCACUGAGCCUCAGCAAGUGGCACUGGCCGAGCCAUGAGUGGGAUGGGUCUGCCUGACCCCUUGCACUUUAACUUUUCUAAAUGUCCUCACUGAAUAAACUGCCCAUUUGAAAAAUGA